UCUCAAUGUGUCACAGGCACCAGAAAAUGCCGCAACAUGAAAAGUGACAACCAGAGCUUCUCAGGGGACCCCCCUCCAGCCUUCAUCCUUCUGGGUGUGUCUGACCGGCCGUGGCUGGAGCUCCCGCUCUUCGUGGUCCUCCUGCUGUCCUACGUGCUGGCCAUGUUGGGGAACGUCGCCAUCAUCCUGGCAUCCCGGCUGGAUCCUCAGCUCCACAGCCCCAUGUACGUCUUCCUCAGCCACCUGUCCUUCCUGGACCUCUGCUACACCACCACCACCGUCCCUCAGAUGCUGGUCAACAUGGGCAGUUCCAAGAAGACCAUCAGCUAUGGAGGCUGCACGGUGCAGUACGCAGUCUUCCACUGGCUGGGAUGCACGGAAUGCGUCGUCCUGGCCGCCAUGGCCCUGGACCGCUACGUGGCCAUCUGCGAGCCCCUCCGCUACGCCGUCCUCAUGCACCGUGCUCUCUGUCAGCAGCUUGUGGCUCUGGCCUGGCUCAGUGGCUUCGGAAACUCCUUGGUGCAGGUGGUCCUGACCGUGCAGUUGCCAUUCUGUGGGCGGCAGGUGCUGAACAACUUUUUCUGCGAGGUGCCGGCCAUGAUCAAGCUGUCGUGCGCCGACACCACUGUGAACGACGCCACGAUGGCUGUGCUGGUGGCCUUCUUUGUGUUGGUGCCCCUGGUUCUCAUCCUUCUCUCCUAUGGCUUUAUUGCCCGCACAGUGCUCAGGAUCCAGUCCUCCAAGGGACAACGCAAGGCCUUUGGGACCUGUUCCUCCCACCUGAUGGUCGUCUCCCUCUUCUACCUACCUGCCAUUUACAUGUAUCUGCAGCCCCCUUCCAGCUACUCCCAAGAGCAGGGCAAAUUUAUUUCUCUCUUCUAUUCCAUGAUCACCCCGACUCUCAAUCCCUUCAUCUACACCCUGAGGAAUAGAGACGUGAAGGGAGCUCUGAGGAGACUCCUGGCCAGGAUCUGGAGCCUCUGCGGAUGGUGAGGACCUGAGAAGUGGCAUCUCCAUCAACUGAGGAACACUGGACACGCCUACUGUGUGCUCAGAGCAUCUUUCACUUAAGGAGCUAAUACCCAGAAAGCUCAAAGCCUGUCCCCAAACAUCUCACUUCCCGUCAUAAUGCCCCAAAUCCCACAUCUACAAAUAAAGUCCAUUUUAAAAGUGUAAUUCUAAGAGGCCAUAUGUUUUCAAGAGUUGUUUAAAUAGACUUCAAUAUUUGUUGAAUUAUUUAACUUCCAGUUUCCUGAUUCUUUUCUCUUUUCCUCUUCCUAUAUUUCUUUUAUUUUCUCCCCAUUUGUUUUUCAAGUUUCUCUCUCUUUU